UAUGAUCCCCUCACUGCAAAUAAAAAAAGAAGGAAAUAAUUUCCCCUCCUUUUAAAUCUCAAACAUGGGGCUUGAAACUCCUCCGCUCCAAACUUUUCACCGUUGUCAAUGUCUCUAGCACGUAGAGCCCUGACCAAUUCUCAAGACAACGCCAUAGUGACCUCCAUAACCUCUCUUCUCCAAGCUCUGAACCCCCAAAGUUCGAACCUUUCCGACCUUAGCUCAGAGCCUCUGAACCAGUUCUCACCCGACCUGAACCCAAACUUAGUCAUCCGGGUCAUCAAGAACCAGUCCAAUCCUUACCAUGGCCUCUUCUUCUUCAACUGGGCUUCAAAUCCAAGUCCCAAUCCAUGUAACUAUUCCCACACUUUCCAAUGCUUCGCCGCCAUUACCGAUCUCCUCCUCUCUCACUUCCUCUUCUCCACCGCGUCGUCGCUUCUCUUGCAGUCUGACAAGCUUUCUGAUUCUAUGAUCGGUAGGUUCAUCAAAGCUCACGGCAAUCGCGGCGAUAUCAGAGCCGCAAUCGAUUGGUUUCACAGAGCGAAAGCGAUCGAGAACGGGCGUUGCCUAUCGUCGUACAAUGCCGUGUUGGCCGUGAUGGUGAGUGCCAAUCGGAUAAAUUUAGCGAAGGCUUUUUAUGAUCAAAUGAUGGAGGAGAACUUGGUGAAGCCCGAUGUUUUCACUUACACGACGAUGAUCAGGGGUUUUUGCAAAAUGGGCAUGGUUGAGCAUGCACAGAAGAUGUUCGACGAAAUGGGUUGUGACCCAAAUUCGUUUACUUGCAAUACUUUGAUAACUGGGUAUUGCAGGAAAGGUGAUAUGGAGAGUGCCAGGGGGGUUUUUGGGUUUAUGAUGGAGAGUAAGAUUUGCUUGCCUGAUACUGUGACUUAUACGACUUUGAUCGAUGGGUACUCCAAGAAAGGUGAAGUGGGAAAGGCGAUCAAUUUGUUGAAGGAAAUGGAGGAACGAGGUAUCGAGCCGAAUGUAUUCACUUACAAUGCGCUGAUUCACGGGUUGUGUUUGAUUGGAGACCUUCACGAAGCGAAGAGGAUGAUUACGGAGAUGAGGCUAAAUGGCAUAAAGGAUGAUGUAGGAACGCACACGACUAUAUUGAAAGGGUUGUGCAUUACAGGGAAGCUUGAUGAAGCAUUUGCAGUUCUUAGGGAGAUGGUUUUUCUCGGCAUGAAUCUGGAUGUGAAAGCAUAUGGGGUUGUUUUAAAUGAGUGUUGCAGAAGGAGAAAACCAGAGGAAGCAAUUUCGCUUUUGAGGGAGAUGAGGGUGCAAGGCCUAAAUCCGCAUGUUUCAAGUUUUAAUGCGGUGCUCAGGAGUCUUGGUGAGAAUGGGGAAUUGGACAGGGCUAGUCUUCUUCUAAAGCAGAUGCCAAAAAUGGGUUGCUCUCCGAAUUUCGUGUCAUAUUGCACGGUGAUAUGUAGUCUUUGCGGAAUGAAAGGUAUGAUGCAAGAAGUUGAAGAGCUUGUUCAUUACAUGAUUCACGAUGGUCAUAUACCCGAUCUUGCCCUAUAUUGUUGCUUGGUAAAGAGCUAUUGUGAGGAUGGAAAUGUAGAUAAGGCGAUGCGGGUUUUCAAUGAAACACUAGAUAGAAAUUAUAUCAUAAAUUUAGAUAGCUUUUCAGCCCUUAUCAACGCAUUGUGUGCCGCGGGGAGGCACAAGGAGGCCAUAACAAUUUUUAAGGACGUGUCAAGGAGAUGCAGUAAGCUUGAUCGAAAUACUUACAAAAAGGUGGUUGACGAGCUGUUAUGUAAAUAUUUAGGAGAAAAAAAAGAAGAGUACUUGACAUAGCAUCAUUAGGCAAUGGUCAUAAUUAUGAGAGGCAAAUAGGCGAUUCAUAACCAUUCUGGCAGAGAGAAUGAGUACUAUUGAAAAAUGUCUAUCGAUAUUGUUAUGUCUUAAACGUUUAGAGAAGGAAAUUUUUAGAUUUUGGAGCAGCAAUGAAGUUGAGGCUGGUUUCAUUAUUAUUUUAUUUUUUAA